GUGCUUUCUCGGACCAUGUAUAAGAAUGUGAGAGCUUGUUGUCAAUCGUUCUUUAGUGUUCCUUCACCGUGAAAAGUAGCUUCAAAGCACAGCUACGUGAAAUAGAUGCAACGAUCUAGGGCUUAUCUCCUGAAUUAAGAAUGGGAUGUGGCAGCUCAAAAAUCAGGGUGGUCAGCCCAGUGGAACGCAACGGAUUUGAGGACGCCUUCUGCAAGCCCGCCGCGUUUUCCCGGGGCGACUCGGCGGUGUCGAAGCACACGAACGACAGCGGGCUGGGCCUGGAGGCCGGCGAGGGUGCGUCGCCCUCACGCGGGCCGCUGCCGCCUCUCGCGCCGCCGCUAACGGUUCGCAGCUCGGAGAACGCAGAGAGGCAGAAUUCCAGCGACAUCCUGGAGCAGCUGCGGAAUCAGGGCAUCCUCCUGGCCCCGCCCACUUUGGGUGCGGCAGGUGAGGCCUACAGUGUGACGAUGGACAGCACAGACAAGGUUCUGCAGAAACCACCUGCACGUCUGCAGUCACUGAAGACUAGCAAGGAGCAAACAGUUGCCAGCAUGGAAACCAUUGAAGAAAAGAUGAAGAGCGUAGAGGAGAGACGCAAGGUCAAGGAGGCGGAGCUAAGGCAGCGGCUGAGGUCAGCUCGGCUCCGUGGCAACCCAAAGCUGAAGGAAGAGGAGGAGGAAGAGGAGGAGGAGGGCAGUUCUGACAGAGCCCCAGACCCCACCGCCCCAGGGCCUUGCAGGAGCCCCUCCCUGCAGCCUUCUGACCCCCCCAACCCAGGCCUGGAGGAGACACAGCUAGAGACAGACCCCGAGGGGGAAGAGUUUUAGCCAAAUAUACUAUUCCAUGUGGCAGCCCUGUGCGUGUAUGUGUGUGUGUGAGUGUUUGUGUGACCAUGUGUGUGUAUGUAUGUGUGUGUGCGUAUGUGCCUGUGUGUGUGUCUGUUUGUGUUUUUGUGUGCAGGUGUGUAUGUGUUUGUGUGUGUGUGUACAGGUGUGUCUGUGUGCAUGUGUGUGUACAGGUGUGUGUGUGUGCGUGUGUGUCAUCUACAGACAGCAGCAGAUUACAUUGUGCACAUAUUUAUUUUAUGUAAUAUGAGUGAAGGUAUGAAUUUAUUUAAAAUAUACAGUGAGCUGCUAAAUGUUUUGGACAAAGACAUAUUUUUUCUUGAUUUGGCUCUGUGCUCCACAAUUUAUAUUUGUAAUCAAACAAUUCACAUGUGGUUAAAGAGCACAUUCUAAGCUUUUAUGUAGGGGUAUUUUUAAUAAAAAUUUUUUUAGAAAUAGUUCCCCCAUUUCAGGAUAUCACAAUUGCUUCCUUAGUGCUGGUAUAAGAAAGCUUUCAGGAUCUAGUUUUGAUUCUAGCCUUUUGAGUUGAGACAAUGAAAGUCCAAGAUGCUAUUAUGAGGCUGAGAAAUAAGAAAAAAAAAACUGGAACAUAGGUCAAACUGUAGGUUUACCAAAAUCAACUGUCUGGAACAUCAGUAAGAAGAAAGAGAGCUCUGGUGAGCUCAGAAAUCACCAAGAGCCCGGGAGGCCGAGGAAGAGCUGUUGAAAAGGAUUGUGGGGUUGCUCGCUGCUCCCAGUUCUAGGUCAACUUGCGUUAGUUCAGGAUUGCUUGCUGUCACAGUGGGGUAUCGGUAAGAGUGCAGACAUCCAGGUUAUAUUUUAAUGCCCCCCCCCCUUCGCACACACACACAACACGCUAAAAUAAGAGCGCAACCCGGGCUUGUUACUAUAUUUAAGGGUGUGCUCUUGGUAAUUUAUGAGGUGGCAUGGGGGAUGCAGUUGGGGAGGUAAAACCAGAAUAAAUAGGGUUUUUUUUUAAUGCCUACUGCAACGUGAGUUCAAAUGGGGGGGGGGUGGGGGUUAACGGAACAGACAAUGUAAUCUCCACAUUGCGGUCUUUUUACACAUAUGUGAGUGGUUCAAGUCCUUUUUAACAUUGUUCUUGUAGAUAUCUUUGUAAUUUUUGGGUGGAACAGAGUCCCCUGGUAUACUGCAGGCAUGACGUGUGCGUAUAACUGCUCUGAGCUCUUUCCUCCUGUCGGGAGCUGAUCACGUGCCAGUGACACAUAUUAAACGGACAUUAUGUUUUAUAAUUAACCUGCAGAUGUAACCACUUCCUGCACUAGAUGGGGCUGUUUCCCACAAUCAGGCGGAGCAUCUGCGAG